GUUAACACCACAGAAACCAGCAUUACUCUCUUAGCUUCAUCAUACAAUGAAAAUGAAUUGGAAUUUUUCAAGAAAUUAAUAAGUCAGAUUGUAUUAUCAGACAAUGGUUCCAUAGGAUCUAUGGCUGCUGUUAACAUUGUUGACAGUUUAACAAAGAAAAUGUCCAAAAGUGACGCAGAAUAUCUAUUGGAAAGAUUGAUAAGAGAUAGAUGGAUUGGAAAGGUAACGAAUCUAUGUGACUUUAAAUAUCUAUUUAACAUGUUUCAGAAAAUGGUUCAUGUGUACAUUGGCACCAGAGGUGUCUUGGAACUAGAGCAGUAUAUACUAGAAAUGUUUGAAACUGCAGUGAGGUGUAAUAUGUGCAAGAAACUGUGUGUUCAGGGUGAAAGUUGCAGCAAUUGUGAAGUUAAGAUACAUUAUCAUUGUGCUUCUAAAUUCUUUAAAGAUGGCUCCAUGAUGAAAUGUCCGGAGUGUCAAAAACCAUGGACAAUUACAAGUAAUUCUGCAUCAUCAUCAUCAGCUGCAGUGGGAGGAGCUUCUACUGAAUCAUCACCCCCAUCAUCAUCAUCAGCAGCAGCAUCAUCAUCACAGUCAAGGAAGAGGAAAGCUAGACAUGAAUGA